AUAAAUAAGUAUAUUAAGAAAUUGAAUAAAAUAAUGAAAAUUAAUAAAUACGAUUUAUUCUCUUCUGAGUUUUAUUUUAAUUUAGAUGGUUAGAAUUAUAAGAAAGGUACGAUUUAAGGUGUAAUUUUUUCAUUUUUAUCUAUAACUUUGGUCCUUUCUUAUUUUGCUUAUUUACUUUAGUAAUAUCUAAAUAACAUGAUUGAUCCAUAAUAUAAAUCACAAAGUUUUAUUACUAAUACUAUAAAAGAAGUGCCAUUAACUGAAGAUCUUUUAGCAUUUUAAUUCAAUUAUAAUAAUAGUUUAUCCAUAGAUUAGUAUCAAGCAAUUUAGAAUAAAACAUAUUUGGUUUAUUAUCCCUAUUUUUAUUAUUAAGACACAAAUAAUAAUAUUUAUCAAGUAAUAAAUUUAGAAGUAGUUUAAUGCACUAGUUCUUAACUAUUAGGCUACAAUUGUAUUGAUUUUUCUCAGUUAAGCAAUUAUACACUUAUCUUUGAUAAUCAAAAUAGCAUUAUUUCUUAGAUAUAUUUAAAUAUAUAUGGAUGUUUAGACUUAGAUGAAAUUAAAACAACAAUUCCGAAUAAUUGUGCCUCAUAAAGUGAAAUAGAUUCUGUUAUUAAUGGAGCUUAAGCUGGUUUGGUUUUAUGGCUAAAAACAUAAUAAUAUAAUACUACAUCUAUGGAGAUUUAAACCGACUAUAGGUUUUUAGAAAGCUUCAGCUACUCAAAUUAAUUCAUGAUGAGCACUAUAAAAGCUUAGAUGCAAGAAACUCAUGUGAAGCAAGGAUUAAUCAUUUAAGGAUAGUAAUUUUAUUCUUCCCCUAUUUAAUAUGGUUAGACAAUAUAUACUUAUGAUAAGUAAUUUUCUUUGUCUACCGGUCUAGGACCAUACCUCUAAGUUAAUCUUUAGUUAGAUGAAAUUGUGUAGUUUAUAUAAAUUUAAUACCCUGCUAUUACCUAAAUUUUGGCACUUGUUAAUAGUAUUAGCUUUGUAGUUAUGAUUUUUAGAACUAUGGCAAGACUUUUAUCUUAAAAUUUGAUUAGAAAAGAAUUUUUUGUUCUCAUUUUAAGAAACCUUUUUUAAGAAAAGUGCUAGUAAAUACUUUAAAAAGAAAAUUUAAUGGGAGAAUGUGAUAUUUAAGUGAUAACUUAAGAAAAAGAAGAAGAGUUUUUAGAUGAUAUUUAAGAAAAUUAAAGGAAAGCGAGUUUAUUUCUACCUGAUUUUUAAUAUAGAUUCUUUUAAAAAAGAUAGAAAUCAUAUCUUUAACUAGAUAAAAGUAAUAGUUUUUAAAAAUAAAUACUUUAAAUAGAUGCUCAAUAUGAAUAAAAAAGUAAUAUUAAGUUAGAUAAUAGUUUAAAUUCCUUAGCAGCAAAAAAAGAUAACUAAAAUUAAUAAAAAUUAUUUUUAAACCUAUCAAAUGUCGAUAAAGUUGAUUUGAUUAAUAAGAACGAAUAUUUAUCAACAUAACAAAUAGAUAGUAAAAUAUUGAGCUAGUAAUAAAAAGAAAGUUAAGCCUAAAAACAGUUAAAAAUUUAGAGCAAAUAACAAUAAUUUUAAAAGAGUAAUUUCAAAGAUUAAUUAUAAAAGUAAUAAAGUGAAAAGAAAAAAAAAGUUUAUGAUGCAAUUUCUUAAAAAUUGUAAGUUAUGAAAAGCUUGUCAAUUAAAUAAGCUAUCUAAAAUACUAUAUUUAAAUUUAAAUGCUUUAAAGUUAAAGAUUACCUAACUUCUAGAGGUAUCAAAGAAAAAUAAAUGGAGAAAAUGUAAAACGAAGUAUAGGAUUAUCAGAAUAUUAAUUCAUUGUAUUAGGAUUUGAUAUUUUUAAAAAAAGCAAUGAGUAUGAUUCUCAGCUUGGACUAAAUGGCUGCUAUUUAACUUAUUGGUUUAACUGAUGAUUACAUGAAUCUAGAUUUAAAUAGCUAGGAUUCUAAGAUUAUUUACUAAUGUAUUUUUUUAAUUUUGAAAGAUGUUAUUAAACAUUAACAAAUUUUUUAUUUUAUAGAGGAAAGAAAGAAAUUAAACCAUUUUGAAAAAUUUUAUACAGUUUUAAAAUAAUAGUAAUUAUAAAUUGAUUAUAUUGAGAAAUUCUUGACAAAAUGCUAGGAGUCAGAUAAUUUAAGUGAAAUUGAUAAAAGAAUACUUUAUUCAGUAAUAAAAAAAAAAUGA